AUGGGCUGGCUUGAGUGGAAGUGCAUUGAGUUAGACACGCCGAUAUUACAAAUUCGAGCAGGAUUAUUGGGGAGACCCCAGCUUGUCGUCGCUGACAGUCUUGAAACUCAGAAAAUCUUGACCAAUCGAUUACACGAGUUUAACCGGACCAGGUUUCUGGCAGCCAGCUUCUUAGCCUUGCUACCUUACAACCACAUGACGAUGCCGACGGAUGAUGAAUGGAGAGCAAACAGACGACUCAUAGCAGAAACAAUGUCCCCGCGUUUUCUCAAUGGUCAUGCAGCAUCUUCCAUGCAUAAGAGCACGUUGGAAUACAUUGACCUCUUGCUGGAGAAAGAGAAACGUUCAUCUGGAUGUCCAUUCGAGGUUUUAGCCGACACAUUCGGCGUCAUGCUUGACGGAAUCGUAGGAGCGACGUUUGGGACUGACAGUGGCGCUGUGAAACGCCAGCUGAAGUUCAUACAAAAUCUUGACGGGGUUGCCCCGAUAGAUGCCAGCCGAGGCUUUGCUAACUUUGCUCGAGCGGCCGAUCCGCCUCUUCUGGACGCCUUGGUUCUCCUCAUGUGGAGUCUCCACAUCCCAACACAUCCAUUGGGUGGGCCAUUACCCCACAAAAUAGCGAUGCGCUUUAUACCUCGCUACCGGAAUGCAUUGAAACUCGUUCGAUCAUACAUUGACGAAAGCGUGAAGGUAGCUGAGCAGAAACGGCAGCACGUACAUGAGGAAGAGGAGGUUGACUCCCCCACUGCGGUUGAUUUGAUCGUCAAGCGCGAGAUAGAAUUAGCCAAAGACCAGGACAGAGCACCUAGCCUCCACACUGGCCUGCUUCGUGAUGAGAUUUUUGGCAUAUUGUUCGGCUUCGAUGUUCUAGCCAUAAUGGCAAUAUGGGGCCUGAAGAUCCUUACAGCCCAUCACGACAUACAGCAAAAGAUGCGAGCAGAACUCAGAUCCAACUUUCCAGAAGCUGCUGAAGCCGGUAGAGUUCCUACUGCAGAAGAGAUCGCAACGACAGCAACUCCUUACCUCGAUGCUGUCUAUGAAGAGAUGCUGCGGUGUGUUGGUUCCACCCCAGCUCUGGUACGAACCACUACCCAAGAUGUGAAUUUGAUGGACCACCGCAUUCCCAAGGGAACUACCGUAUUUCUUCUGACCCGCGGGCGAAGUUAUACUCAUCGAAUCACGAAGAAUUCGAGUGUUGGAGGAAAGAGCGCCGACGAUAUGCGCAAGGAUGCCUGGACUGGUAAUUGGUCUCCGGAGGGUCUAUCACAGUUUGAUCCAGAGCGUUGGCUCAUCGAGGAUGUUGACGGUCGGAAGCGCUUCAAUGCUCGAGCUGGCCCUCGGCAUAUGCUUGGAACUGGUACUAGGGCUUGUUUUGGUAUCAAACAAGCGACGUCGGUCAUGCGCAUUUUCCUUGCCCUUGUGGUGUGGAAACUUGAGUUGAGGCCCGUACCGGCAGAUCUUGGACGGUUUGAAAGGGCUGGGGCUGCUUUUGUGUAUCGGGCAAAAGAGGUCUAUGUGUCUCCUCGGCCCAUUGUGUAA